AGGUAUUCAAAAUCCAAUAAAGCCAAAAAACGCUUUCCGUCAACCUUCAUACGCACAGGUGUUGACUCCAUGUCCAAGUGAAGAUGACCUCCCAAGCCUCUGAGCAGUCGAGAGUGAAAGGCACUGGUAAUACCCUACCAUCACGUUCUGAAUCGUAUUCAAUUCCGUCUGAUGAGAGGCUUACACCCGACAAAGAAGCAUCGACCGUUCAAAAGGUCAAUGAAGGCUUGUUCGGUAAAUUCUUGCCGCGGACCCAAACUUUGGUUGAUAUGGCCAAUAGAACUCUCCCAAGCAUCAUCUUGAAGCGCAAGUCGAUCAGGGAAGCAGCGGAUGAGAUUGACAAGACGAUUACAGAGCUGAACCUCGCUGUCGACAUCGACGACUACCGGCUUCUUCCUGGGGGUCAUUGGAUCCCGUUGUCGUGCAACCCCCGUUGGAAGGUUGCGAUUGUCGUACCGUUUAGAAAUCGCUUUCACCACCUCCCGAUAUUUCUCCGCCACAUUGUGCCAUUGCUGAAGAGACAAAAACUUGAAUUCUCCAUCUUUAUAGCCGAGCAGAGAAAUGACGAACGUUUUAAUCGAGCGAUGUUAAUGAACGUCGGCUUCGUCGAGGCCCUAAAUUUUACGAACUACGACUGCGUGGUCUUCCACGACAUCGAUCAACUUGCCAUCAACGUUAAAAAUUAUUUCGGCUGUGAUAACAUGCCCAGACAUUUUAUAUCUGGUGAAGCAAUAUGGGAAUGGAAGCUAUAUUACGAAGAUCUCUUUGGCGGAGUGACGGGGCUUACCAAACAACAGUUCUAUGACAUCAACGGUCUGCCCAAUAUCUACUGGGGGUGGGGCGGUGAAGACGAUGAAUUCGCAAACAGGGUAAAGGCUAAGGAUCUUAAACGAUCGCGGCCCAAAGGGGAGAUCGGGUACUUCGAUUCCAUCGUCCACGAAAGAAAUGAGUCAAGCCCGUUUAACGAAGCAAGGUUUUGCCUUCUUGGAAACAUAGGUCAAAGGCGAACCACUGACGGUGUAUCAAACUUGAGAUAUGAACAACCGACAAUAGAACUGCAUCCUCUUUACACCAACAUCUCUGUCAACAUCCAAAAGUUACCUUGGAAUCCUCGUUGGAAAAGGUGUUAAGGACAGAAGCAUAUUUAGGUGGUUUGUCUGUGAUAAAUCACCUAUUAAUUUCGUCAGGAUUUUCUUUGUUAUCUUUUUUUAACCGAUAUUUUUCUCUUUUUUAAUUAGGCCAUGUCAACUUUGUCUUAUUUCAUGUCAUGUAUAAAGUCUAUCAUAGACACGCCAGAAUAAGCUUUUCAACGUAAUCAGGUGAUGAUGACGACAUUAAGCCGCCAUUUUGAAAAAUUAUUUUUAUUAAAAAUUUCAUUUUUAUUGAAUUCAUUCGGUACAUCAAUACAAUAUCAAAAUUAAUGUAACAUAAUGCACAUAAAAUAUAUGUAGUUGUUUCAACAUUUAUUUUACUUGAUCAAAAAGAAAUAUCUGCCAGAAUUCAUACAUAAUUAUAAUUGAAACAAGAUCACUUUUCAGGUAACCGAUUGAGUUUCGACUCGUUCUCACAAUUGAUAUAUUAUGUUCGAUUAUGGUAUAUAUUACAGUUGAGAUCUACCUGACAAUAUAAGAUGUUUAGAUCAGAAAGAUGAAUGUACGACUUUAAAUAAAAUCCCAGACAGCUGAUUAUGUUUUGGAAAUACAAUGUUAGAUAUGAUUUUUUUUGUGUGUGAAAUAGAGUUAUAGGUGCUUAGCGAAUUACCCAUAUUAAUCAUGUUAAAUGGCGGUUUGAUGUUGAUAUUUUGUAGGUGAUAAAUGAUACAGUGUAAAAAUAAUGACAUGUCCAUUUAUAUAGCGCUGUGAUUAUGUGCAUAUACUCCACUGCGCUUUGAUGCAUGGUGUCUUAUCAUUACACUGUAAAAAAAAAUGAAGUGCUAUGUUAGCACUUCCAGUGCUUGUAUAGUGAAUGCACUACCAGUGCUGAUUUUCUAGUUCAAAUUUAAACUAGAAAACCAGCACUCGAAGUGCAGUCAAUAUACAAGCACUGUAAGUGCUAAAUUAGCACUUCAUUUUUUACAGUGUACCCCGACCGUAGCUGAGCCGCCAUAGCCAUGACAAAUAAAGGUUGUGUAUUCUACAUGCGAGAAUAUUCUCUCUGGUAUGUGACACUUUGAGUUGAUUAUUUCAUCAAGAUAUAAGGAAACAUGAUGAUUGAUCGAGAUGUUUUUAUGGUAGAUGACAUGUGUAGAUUCGUUAUAUUUUUUCAAAAUAGUUUUGUUCCAUUACUCCGAAAAAAAAGGUUUACCCAAUAUUGGGUCAAAUGGGAAAAAGCAUGUUGGUUGUGUAAAAAGAAAUCAAAUAUUUUGUAAAUUUUAGCAAACAUCCAUGUUCCAUUUUUACCCAAUAUUGAUUAAAAUCUUACUCAGUGAUUUUUUGUUUGGGGUAACAUAAUUGGUGUGGAAAGAAUGUACGGGAAUGGAGUGGUGAAUUUGUGUUUUAUCAUUCAAGUGGGCCUGUAUUACUAGACUACCCAGCUCAGAAUGUCGAAUUAUGCUGGCCAGAUAUGAGCAGUUGGGAACUGGAGAUGGCGCUAUUAUAAAGGCUGCUGGUUCGUUUUGAUUUUAAAGUCAAGGUGUUAACGUCGUCGGUGUUUUGAGUUUCCAUGCAUGGCGAAUGAAUGUAGAGGAUAUUACACCUUUGUACGCUUUAAAAUCCACGGUGUUAUCAUCGGUUCUUUGAGCUUUCAUGAAUAGUAAAUUAUAUUAAUGUCAAGAGCAAUACACUGUAAAAAUGAAGUGCUAAUUUAGCACUUACGGUGCUUGUAUAGCGACUGCACUAGGAGUGUUGAUUUUCUAGUUUAAAUUUGAACUAGAAAAUCAGCACUCGUAGUGCAGACACUAUACAAGCACCUUAAGUGCUAAAUUAGCACUUCAUUUUUACAGUGUAACACCCUUACACAAUUGAUCAAAAGCUGCGGAGUUAAUAUCAACGCUUUGCGUUUUCCCGAAAAGUGAUUGAACGUAAGGGAUAUUAACACAUUUGUACAUUUCAAAAGCCACGGUGUUACAAUAUCAAUUCCUUGCAGUUUCCUGAAUAGUAAAUGAAUGUAAACUAUUUACACCUUUGUAUAUUUAAAAAGCCACGGUGUUAACAUCAGUAUCUCAGUCUUCCAUAAAUUGUGAAUGAAUCCCAUGUAAAAGAAACGCCAAUAUCUUUACUAUGCGUUAUAUACAAAGCAAAUGUGUUAACUGAAACUCUAGUGUUAAAAAAUCAGUUUUAUUAAAAUCAUAUCACAGGUAUCAAUUGGGGAAAUUGAUUUCUUCGAAAUAAUUUUCAUACCAUGUCAUAUUGAUUCGUAAUGUCUCUAAUUUAUAUCUAUGGCGACCCUUGAAAGGCACUUACAGGUCGAGUCCUCCCCAACAAAAAAAAAUGAUUUGAAUAAAAAGAGAAAAAUAAAAAAAACACUGAAAAUUUCAUCAAAAUUGGAUGUAAAAUAAGAAAGUUAUGACAUUUUUAAGUUUCGCUUAAUUUCACAAAACAGUUAUAUGCACAUCCUGGUCGGUAUGCAAAUAAGGGAACUGAUGACAUCACUCACUCACUAUUUCUUUUGUAUUUUAUUAUAUGAAAUAUGAAAUAUUCUAACUUUCUCCUCAUUGUCCUGUGAAACAAAAUGUUUAUUUCUCCCUGAACCUGUGGAAUUAAUAUUGUUUAACAUUUUAUGGUUCAGUCAAGUCGAUCCUUAUUGUCAAGUCUGUAAAAAUUGAAAUAUUGUAUAAUUCAAAUUAAAAAAAUAGUGAGUAAGGUUCAUCAUCGACCUUCUCAUUUGCAUGUCACUGAGAUGUGCAUACAACUGUUUGGUGCAAUAUAAGUAAAACUUUAAAAUGUCAUAGCUGUCUUAUUUUACAUCCGAUUUUGAUGAAAUAUUCAGUGUUAUGCUUGUCGGAUUUUUCUCCUUUUAUUUCAGUCAACUUUUUUUCUGGGGUGGACUUUGUUGUAAACAAUUUAAGAAAAUUUUCUUUUGUUAGGGUGUUUGCAGGGAAAUACAAAAAUACUAUGUGGAACAUGUACGUCGAAGGCUUUGAAGACGAUUUUUAUUGAACUCAUGGGCCUGUAUUCUGAAGUCAGGUUUAACUUAAACUCAGGUUUAAAGGUGUGGUUUAAGUAUGUUACAUAAAUCACUAACAGUAGAGAUAUCAUAUUUCAGCUCAUUUGGCACCCAAAUCAUUCAUAAUUGUAUAGGAAAUAUGAAAAGAUUAUUGUCUUCACCAUCGAUGAAUCAGGGAAGAGCACAGAAAACAUAAAAAACAAACAACUUAAUAAAAAAUUGAUAAUUUUGGCUUCCCAUACUUAAACCACAACUUUAAACCUGAGUUUAAGUUAAACCCGACUUCAGAAUACGGGCUAUUGAAAACUUUUUCAUGGUAUGUUAUACGUGGCUCAGUGGUUGAGCGCCCACCUCAUUGAACGGGAGAGGUCAUGGUUCGAUCCCUGGCCGAGUCAUACCAAAGAUUUACAAAGAUGGGACAUUCUGCCUUCUUGCUAGGCGCUCAGCAUAUUUAGAUUGGGGAAGGGUGAUAAUAAAAUUAUGUAGUAUGCAGGGCCCGCUGGCAGAGCAGUUUCAAAGUGAAGUAGCUACCGUAGCUAAAUAAAACAUUAUUAUAAUUACCAUCAUUAUUAUUAUUAUCGUUAUCAUAUUGAAGGCUUAAAAUCUCAGAUAUUCAUCCAAACGUCUAUGUUUUUAAUAAAUGGUUCUGCUCAUUUUCACAAUACUUGGGCAAAAAAAACCAGUAUUCCAAAGUUAAAACACAAAUUCUCCUCAAUUCAGUGAGGUGUACUGGCAGUUGUUUUUGGAGCAAUCACUCUAAUGAAGUCAAGUAUUGAACAAACUUUGUUUAAAACCAAGCGUAUUAAAUAAUACGAAUCAUUAUACGAUUUGUAAUUCUAAUUUGUAUUUUUCCAUUGUAAUAACCUAAAAUUUCUAUUCAUGUUACUAAGCAUUGCCAAGAUAAUAACUCAGAAUUUGACCUUAUUUGCAUGUAAGAUAGUGAUGUUAUUUGUUGUAAUCGUAAUUCUGUUGUCAUCAGGCCAUCGAUGAAAAACAACUUUCUGCUGAACUUUUGUGUUUAUAUGUUGUAAUAAAUAAACAAAUAAAUAAAUAAAGGUAUCCUUAGUGAAUACUAAAGGUUUACUGCCUAAUGUUAUAUUUACAUCCCCCGUA